GAACCAAAGAAUUCACUCAGCUGAUCGUCAGAUCCAAGGGAUGAACCAAGCAUGACAAAUUAGCACACAUCACUAACACAGUGUGAAUUCGCCAGCCUAAGUUUCGCACAUCUCAUGCCCAACCAAAUUCAACAUCGAAUGGCGACCCAACAACGGACAGUUGCUCGUUAGUUGUACUACCCGUGACAACAGUUUCCUCUAAAUAUCGUCUUAGACCAUCUAGUCGUAGUAAUUAACGUAAAGAAAAUUUUUUAAGUCGAAUAAAAGUCAAUUUAGGUCAUCCCAAGAAAACUGUUAUGGUAUAUAUAAUAAAAGAGUUGUGUUUUUUUUUCAGUACAAGUGUUCUUUGCAUUUUAAUAGUUGUAAGACCUACAUUUUAUACAGAUAAUCGAUCAUCGUCGUAACGAUCGAUAUUUUGGUGAGGGUUGCGAGUGAGGGUCUGAAAAACCAAGGGCGACAGACCACAUUUUAGCACCACUACUUACUUGUAUUCAGAGAACGGAGACCACCUUGAAAUUUCGGGACAUCACAGAGGGCGUUAAAUGGUGAUCGAGCUCGGUUACAAUGAUCGGGCCAUCAUGGAUCAGACGACUGGUGUAUCGGAAACUGGUCAGCUUCCUCUUUCUGCUGUACCUUAGCCUCAUCUUACUCUUCAUCAUCAACAUCGACCAGAAGGAGAUAACCUCCAGAUCCCAGGAGUCGAUGUCCGUGAUCUUUUUCUCGCCCACCGAUCAAACGGCUGCCGGUCUCGGUACGAUGACGAACAACAGGACAGACCGCCUCCGCGGACAAUUUUUACGUCAAUUCGGGCUCAACAAAAGCAGCCACAGAAUUCCCAACGCGGUUUCGAAUUCUCUUGAACUGUCGAAAGGGGGGACGUUAAAAUUUCUCGAACCGACGCCCCUGGAAGAACCGGAAGUGUAUGAAAAUUCUGGGGGAAGGGGCACCGGAGAUUUCUUCGGACUGGGCAAAGAGACGCAUCUCUACUCGGCAUUCGUUGAUGACAGGAAGGAGAAAGCGUAUAUCAGAAUAAUGACGCUCAAUUCCCAGGGCGCCGCCAGGACAUCCGGUAUUUAUUGCCACUUUAACGACCCACUUUUCUCGAGCCCGCGAAAAGCUGAGAAGUAUCAGCUGUGCGAGAACCACGGCAAGAAGUUCGGCGGCUAUAUUUACUCGUGUCACGUUCCAGACACCGUAGAGCCCGGAAGCAUUCAAUCGAUUGAUCUGACUUUAACAAAAUACGGGCCGAAAAUCGCGCUCCCUGUUUUCAGUACACGACCCCACGAGGACAGGAUCCAUUUUUUAAGCUCUUACCCGCGAGUUUUCAAAACUAACCCGUAUAAUGUCAACAAUCCGUUUCAAGUGCCUUACACCCCUGCAGGCCCGCAACAAAUCAGUAGCACGGCCAGCACGCCAUUCCACGUCCCACUUUCUUUCGCCAUCUGCGUCUCGCCGCUCUUCGGCAACAUCUCGGCAUUUAGGCUCGUCGAGUUUAUCGAACUGUCGAGGAUUUUAGGGGCCGAGCACUUCUAUUUUUACAACCACAGUCUCCCGGACGUCGUGUCGGACGUCCUGAGGGUGUACGCCGACACGGGGCUGGUCACCGUCCUGCCGUGGCGUCUCCCGGACGUGGUCGCGCCCAGGGACGUGUGGUACCACGGACAGCUGCUGGCCAACAACGAUUGCCUUUACAGGGUCAUGUCCAGGCACGACCUGGUGUCUUUCAACGACAUAGACGAGUACAUCGUGCCGCACGGAAACUCGACGACGUGGAGGCAGGCGUUCUCGGACCUGCUCAAGAACGAUAUCUGUGGAUUCUCGUUUCAGAGUGCUUUCUUCCAUCAAGGGCCCGACCAUCCGCGAGAUGCUCAACUGCUGACGACAGCGGUCACCGCGAGAUCUCGGAGAUUCAGCCAGGUCUGUUUGUGUGUGUGUGCUUUUUUUUUUUUUUUUUACAUUUAAUUUUUUUGUUGGGAAUUAGACAGCUCAAGGUUGCAACCUUCCAUUCAAUAAAAGGAAGAAUAAAAUAACUGCUGACGACAGCGGUCACCGCGAGAUCUCGGAGAUUCAGCCAGGUCUGUUUGUGUGUGUGUGCUUUUUUUUUUUUUUUUUACAUUUAACUUUUUAGUUAGGAAUCAGACAGCUCAAGGUAGCAACCUUCCAUUCAAUAGAAGGAAGAAUAAAAAAACAACAACUGCUGUUUUAGUGUGGUUAGUAGCAGUGGCGUAGGAAGAAGGCGUGGAGGGAGAAACUCCAUCCUGGGGAGCACUUUUUUUUUUUUACUUAUAUUAAGGGGGCGGCAUUUUCGGCCGACUUUGGGAGUUUUUCUCGUGGAAGGGGGUGGCAAAAAAUAUUAGCCCACCUUGGGCGGCACCAACUGGUAAAGGGCACACGUCAUGCCAUUAUGAAUCCUUCUUUCAAUCAAGUCUCUUCUGUCUUUAUACGUGUUUUCUUGUUGCUGUGGGUGUUGUUUUCACAACAAACAUGUUUAUUUUUAUGCAUCUAAUAAGUUUCUGCCGUGCGCGUAAAGUUACUGUUUUUCGAUAAAAAAAAAUAUUACUCUCGGGUCAAAAUUUUUUCUUAUAUCACUUCAUUUACAACUGAAAAUAAUAAACACUCAGAUAAAACUAUUAAGGAUCAGAGAGUAGGGUGGACUAAUGUCGAUUACAUUUAUUUUUUUUUAAAACUCAGAAGCACUGAAUACUAUUAUUUUAAAAGAAUUAUGAUAAUACUUCUCCCCUUUCGGCUUUAUUUCAACACUAAAAUUCAUUUCUUUUUGUACCUACUCUCCUUUCUUCUUUGUUCUGUUGGCAUAACAUAUCAACAGUAUUUGCCCUUACUAUCUAGUCCCCAGGUGGCCAUUCGGCUUCUCGGUGGCGAUGGUGAUGGAAUUGUCCAGGAGUUAACUGCCCUUUUUGCGAAUAGGGCAAUCUUGGAGGACAUUUUCAUUUGUUAAUUUUCCCAGUUGUGCCAGAAUUGCUUUUUGUGGAAAGGGUGGUGAUGUCACUUGGUUGUGUGGUCCGUGUGAAGCUGGAAAAUCGUAUUUUUCUCCUACAUGUUGCUCCCCAAGAACCACGCCCCUUCCUAAAGACUGACAAUUACAUGCUCCUCCCAGAGAACCACGCCUCUCCCUAAAGACUGACAAUUACUUGCUCCUCCCAGAGAACCACGCCCCUUCCUAAAGACUGACAAUUACAUGUUGCUCCCCGAGAACCACGCCCUUUCCUAAAGACUAUCAAUCUCAUGCCCCUCCCAGGGGACCACGCCCCUUCCAAAAGACUGACAAUUAGAUGAUCCUCCCAGAGAACCACGCCCCUUCCUAAAGACUGACAAUUACAUGCUCCUCCCAGAGAAAAACGCCCCUUCCUAAAGACUGACAAUCACAUGUGUUUCUGGGAACCACACCCCUUCCUGAAGACUGAAAGUUGUGUCCACUUUGUCAGUCUUUAGGAAGGGGCGUGGUUCUACAGGAGGAACAUGUGAUUGACUGUCUUUCCCCCCCCCCCCCCCCCCCCCCCCCCCUUCCUGAAGACUGAAAGUUGUGUCCACUUUGUCAGUCUUUAGGAAGGGGCGUGGUUCUACAGGAGGAACAUGUGAUUGACUGUCUUUCCCCCCCCCCCGCCCCCAACGGUCUGAUAAAUACAUUUAGACAGUUUUGAAGACCAUUUUCCUCAAUGAAUAAGAUACUUAAUUCCAAUUAAGUAGCCCUGCACCAUCGGUCUCACAUGCAAAAGAAGAUGCCCUUCCAUUUUAAAACAAAAAUAAUAACCAUUCUUCCAUUGACCAAGCGACUAAAGAUGUCUGUGCUCUCCCAAGUCCAGUGCUCUCCCAAGUCCAGUGCUCUCCCAAGUCCAGUGCUCUCCCAAGUCCAGUGCUCUCCCAAGUCCAGUGCUCUCCCAAGUCCAGUGCUCUCCCAAGUCCAAGUCCAGUACUCUUCUGAUAAACUAAUAAAGUAUCUCCCUUAUCAAUAGCGGUAAAGUAUGAUUGUGCCCCCUUAGUCCUACCCUAACACCCCCACCAGAGGCGUAGCGAGGGGGGGUAGGGGGGACAGAUGUCCCGGGCGCAAGCUAGUUAGGGGCGCCAAAAGGUGCUUUGAUAUUAUAUUAUUGGUAAAAAUACUGGGUUUGAGAGUUGAAAAAAAGAAAAGGGGGCGCUUUAAAAUGGAUCUUGUCCCCGGGCGCGAAUCUUGUUCCCCGGGCGCCAAACACCCUCGCUACGCCUCUGACCCCCACACACACCCACACCAAAGUACUGAUGGUUUCGUCCCUCCGUUUCAUCACACAGGUGAGGACAAAGGUGAUGCUCUGUCCCUGGCGCGUGUUUGAGGUCGGCAUUCACCACAUCAGCAAACAGAACCGGGAAGAGUGGCAGACGGUCAAGAUCGACCCUUCCGACGUCUACCUCCACCAUUACAGGAAGUGCUCCUCGGACUACGGCAUGGUGUGUGACCGGUGGGACCGAGACACCACCAUCACUGACCGCUACUCGACCCAGCUGACAGCAAGUUUUGACGCGUCCGUACAAGACUUAUACAAAAAAGGAAUACUGACAAACGUGACCAAAAAUUUUCACUUGAUGGAUGGCGUUUAGACGGUGAUCAAACUAGAAUAUUACCUCUGUAAAUUAUAAAUCACAAAUUUAAAUAAAUACAUUAUUUAUUUCUCUAA